AGAAACUCAUACUUCAGUCUCUAGUUUUACAAGGUGGCUCAUGCCAUGUUGAACUCUUAUUACAUGUAAUGCUAGCGUAGCUAACCCUGGUGCUAACGUGACAUGUGUACUCUGGGAUCUCAUUAAUACUUUUUUUUCUCACCUGCUUUAGAGUUUUAGAGAGGCUGUCAUGAUGUGGUUGUAUCUAUAGCAGUUGUGCAGUCAGCUAGUUAUUCGCCACGAAACAUGAUUGUCUGACUUCAACAGGCAAGCACGAAACAAGACAAGAUAUGGAAAAGGAGAGAAAAUGGUCUCCUGCAGUCCAGCCCUUUGUUCCAAGAUUGCAGCGGGAUGGAGUAUUGGAGCAACAGACUGCUUCAUCACCUCCACUGACACUGCCAAACCCAUAUCCUUCUGAGGAAAAUUCUAGAAGAUUGUCAUCUCCUCCCUCCAGGAAUCCGGCUGGUACGUCCACUCCAAGAGAUGACUGGAGAAUGAGCCCCAGGCAGGAGGCAUCAACCAACAGCAGCACCCGAGGAGACGCUCGGAGCAAGCGUGGCUACAGCAGCGGCCGUCGCACAAGGGGGACAACUGAAGCCAGGGAACAACCCACAUGUGUUCAUCACACAACGGCAUUGAAAUCUAGAUUGGAGUUUUGUUCGCCGGAGAAAAACAUGAUCAGGAGAUCACUGGAUGCACCAAGAAGAGGUGGUUAUAGGGGGACCAGAUCUGCCCCAAACUCAUCAGAGAGAUCCAAAUCUGCCCAGGCAGAUUGUGUCACGUUUGAGGUGAAAAUGUCAGAUUUUCCGGAGCUGGGUGUUGUGGCGCCUAGCGGUUAUGCACUUCCUUCCCCACAGAAAUCAGGAACAUGCUGGGGAUCUGCCGCACCGUGCCCCGCUCCGACCCCCCACCUCCAAAGCCCCGCUCCGACCCCCCAGCUCCAAAGCCCCGCUCCGACCCCCCACCUCCAAAACCCAGAAUCCACUAGAAAGACUACACUGGUAAGAAAAGGACAAAGAAUGGACCCCAAUCAAUGCAUCCCUUCCAGUGAAAAUAGUGAUGCAUACUUACAAGGUCAGCCGUUGGAGGCUGUUUCACAGAGCAGUUGUCCAGCAGUGACCUCCUGGGCCAAUGUGGCCUCCCAGCCUCCAAAGAAAGUAGUCCCCAAGGAAACUAUAAAUAAAACAUCCGCUCAGGAAACAUCUGUUCAGCAAGAAGAACAUGCAUCUGAGAAAAAGAAAAGGCAGAAGAAGAAGAAGAAGAAAUCCAAAACAGCGGGUGAAGGUUGGGAGGUUGAGGAGCCUGAGGAAAUGGUCAUUCAUCAGGAGCCACCAAAGUUUGAGGAUGAAGAAGAGUUUCCAGACUUAUCUUUAGCUGUUGCUGGUACAUCCAGAGUGCAAGGCCACAACUCUGUAGUAUUCACCAGCUCCAUGAAAAAAAUGGUAAAGGAGGACAGUCAUGGUGAAGGACCGGGACUCAAGAUAGAUGACCAAAAUAAGGACAGAGCCCUAGCAGGAAAAGCUCUUCCCACGGACAGAAAGAAGGGACAGAAAGCUGAGAAAACAAGUGGUAAGAAGAGCAAAGUCCCUGUGCAGUUGGACAUUGGAAACAUGCUGGCAGUUUUGGAGAAAAAACAACAAACUCAAAAGGACAAGCAGGAUGCCAAACCAGUCAUCCUCUCAGUUGGUGGGUCGUUACCUGUGGGGCAUAAGAAUCCACUAAUCUCGAAGAAGCCAUGGCUCCAGGAUAAGAUCGCCCACAACCCCUUGGACUCGACCAGCCCACUUGUAAAGAAGGGCAAGCAGAGGGAGGUUCCAAAAGCUAAGAAACCCACAUCUCUGAAAAGGGUGAUUCUGAAGGAAAGAGAAGACAGGAAACAGAACCGAUUGUUGGAAGAACGGGGACUGCCCACUUCAAGUCAAGAAUCCAAGAUGGCCAGCGAUGUGACAGAAGAGUUCAUUGAGACCUUGGUCAUAGACGGCGACCAGCUGGAUUCUAUAGAUGAAGGUUUCAGCAUUAAUAGCCCCUCUGAGGUUGAGGAAGAGCCCUCCAGAGUGCAAGAGACAAACAAGGCAGAGCAAAAUGCAGUGCAGGCGGAGAAGGACGAGGUGCAGGCGGAGAAGGACGAGGUGCAGGCGGAGAAGGACGAGGUGCAGGCGGAGAAGGACGAGGUGCAGGCGGAGAAGGACGAGGUGCAGGCGGAGAAGGACGAGGUGCAGGCGGAGAAGGACGAGGUGCAGGCGGAGAAGGACGCGGUGCAGGCGGAGAAGGACGCAGUGCACUCUGAAGGCCCAAUUAACCAGUCUCAGUCUCAGCCCUGUCCCAAAAUUCAGCCCAAAAUCCACAGCAGGAAAUUCAGAGAUUACUGCAGCCAGGUGCUAAGUAAAGAUGUGGAUGAGUGUGUGACCAACCUGCUCAAGGAGCUGGUGCGCUUCCAGGACCGGCUGUACCAGAAAGACCCAAUGAAGGCGCGAAUGAAGAGGCGCCUGGUCAUGGGCCUCCGGGAGGUCCUCAAACACCUCAAACUCAGGAAAGUCAAAUGUGUCAUCAUCUCCCCCAAUUGUGAACGGAUCCAGUCCAAAGGCGGUCUGGAUGAAGCUCUCCACAAUAUCAUUGACACAUGUCGAGAGCAGGGUGUUCCAUUUGUGUUUGCCCUCUCCAGAAAGGGCCUUGGCAGGUGUGUCAACAAGGCUGUGCCCGUCAGCCUAGUGGGCAUAUUCAACUAUGACGGAGCGCAGGACCAUUACCACAAAAUGAUUGAGCUGUCAUCAGAGGCGCGGAGAGCCUAUGAGGUGAUGAUAGAGAAUUUGGAGUUGAAGUCUGAGGGAGCGCUGGAGAACACAGAGGGUCAGCUGAGCACGGAGACCCUGCCAGAGGAGCCAGAGUACAUUAAACUGUGGAAGAAAAUGCUGGAGAAGGAAUGCAACCACAAAUUCUUAAACUUUGAGGCGCAGUUUAGCUCUGUCUCAAGGGCCAGUGAUUGUACAGAGCAGGUGAAUGAGGAUGAGAAGAGUUGAUGAAGACUGUGCCUUAAAACCCACUUGAUGCCAGCACUGACCAUGAGUCCUGAAGGAAAUACUUGAGAUGAUUGCGAUCCAGGAUGAGUUUCCUGAAAGCUUGGUAGUAGCCAAAACACCAGCUAAUGUCUCUUAAUGUCCUAUUGAACUUAUUGAGUGGCAAAUCGCAUCAUUUGGCAAAUAUUGUUGGCUGACAAAAGAUGGACCAUCAUAUAUGAACUUAUUUAGAUUCAGAUUUUUCAUCAGAAAUGGAUCCCUAUAGAGUGCCCCUUUAGGGGGCCAGAGCCUGAUGAGGGCUGUUGUAGGGUAGUAUGGAGCCUCUUUGGACACAGGCAGAGAUCUUCUACUAAAUAUUUCCUGGGACCAAACCUUUUACUAGAAGGGAGCCUUUUUUUAUCUACACUGAUCCAGGGUGACGGUGAAUUAUACUGAAGGAUUUUGGUUGCAUGGCUCUACACAAGGAGCUUAGGUGUGCCUGAGUGGGAAAAUCUAGGUGCACAAAAACAAAUCUAUACGUGCACAAGAAGAAGAAGAUGAUGAAAAAGAAGAAGAAAUGUAGGUGCAUAAUUGAAAGUAUUAGAGACAUAUGUUCUGGUAAUAUCUAAAGCAUUGGCUCCUAGUUGAGAAAAAUGGGUGCACUGCAGAGCCCCACAUUGAUUUACCUAAUGUGCCUGUUUGAUUUAGAAUCAAAGUAUAUUAUAUAUUGUAUCUGUGAACGAUUUUGGCCGUCAGAUUUUAGUUGUGGAGGUCCACAGUGUAGUCUUCAAUGAAUUCAUGCAAUCCUACCAAAACUGAAAUGCUUUGUCUUGCCUGUGUUCAAAUUAGACAUUUAGUAUGAUUUAGUUAGACUCCUCUUUCGAUCAUAUGUUGGAUUAAGUGGGACAUUCAAUGUUUCUUUGAGGCUGCGUCUGAACCUCUGCCAUGUACAUGGUUUAUCUCUCCGUAAUUUAUAUUAUCCAAACAAUAAAAAAAAAAAAGAAAAUGAAGUUU